CUUAUUAACACCAAUCGUCUGGGAUAAUCGUGAUGCCUUCUUUAUUAGAAGCUUUAGAACGUAAAUAUUUUUCUGAUUAUGGAUCCGAAGAUGAUGACGAUGUCAAAGAAGUACGAACUCUGGGUGAAAAAGGAUCAAGCAAACGUUUAAUAUCAAUUUUUAUACCGAGAUUAUCGCCAUUGAUGUGUGUGCCCGAAUUGUUGGUAUUAAACGAUUGCGAUAUUGAUCGCGCAGGCGAUUUCGAAAGUAUCCGAGAGAAAUGUCAGCAUGUACGUGAAUUGGAUUUGGCCCAAAAUAAAUUGCAAGAUUGGCAAGAAGUAUUUCAAAUUGUAAUGCAUAUGCCUCGCAUUGAAUUUCUUAACUUAAGCAAGAAUCAUUUAAGCGGAACGUUAUCAAAGUCUUGUGUACCACCUAUUUCGAAUUUAAGGGGUAUUGUCCUUAACGGUACUUAUUUAAAUUGGGAAAGCAUUGAGACUUUAUUAAAAAAUUUACCGGUGCUCGAAGAACUCCAUCUAAGUCUGAAUAGCUACAAGGAAAUACUAAUAGACUCAACGAAUCCUGAUAGCAUUUGCGAAAAUUGUCAUUGCAAGGCUUACAAUUGUUGCCAUAAUGUCGAAAUUGAUAAAAGAUCUUAUGAUAAAUGUCGAAAAAUACCACCUCAUACAGCCUUAAAAACGCUUCAUUUUACCGGAAAUCCUGUAGAAAAAUGGACAGAAAUAUGCCGUUUAGGUCGAAUUUUUCCUGGCCUAGAGAAGCUCGUUUUAGCGAAAUGUCCAAUUAAAGCUAUAGCUUUGGUCGACGACUGCAACGAGGGUGCCAGCUAUAAUCAUCCCAACCAAAUUGCCAACGAGGCAUCUCAUGAAUUUUUCCCAAGUUUACAAUUUCUUAACUUAAGCAGUUCAAGCAUCGAUAUGUGGGAUAAUAUUGAUCGAUUAGCUCGAUUUCCUAAACUUAUAAAUUUGCGCGUCAAAAAUUGGCCAUUAUGGGAAAAUUUAGAUUGCACCGAACAUGAACGCCGUCAGUUGCUUAUAGCUCGUCUACCCAACGUUACAAUUCUUAACGGAGGCGGCGUUAUUGGUGCCGAUGAACGUGAAGCCGCCGAAAGAGCCUUUAUUCGUUAUUAUAUGGAAAAACCGGAAAGCGAAAGACCUUUACGUUAUAAUGAAUUAACAGCUAAACAUGGUAGAUUAGAUCCACUGGUUAAUGUGAAUUUUAAACCAGAAAAACGUGUCAAGAUCUUCCUUACAUAUCAUGAUCAAACCGAGUCGCGUUUGGUUGACAUCAAUCGGACGGUGCAAGAUUUGAAACUCAAAUUGGAGAAACUUCUUCAUCUGCCAUCUAAUAAAAUGCGUUUGUUUUAUCUCGAUCAAGACUACAAAGAUCUCGGCCCGGAAGAGAUGCGUUUUCCCAAUAAACUUCUUUACAGUUAUAAUAUUCAAGCAGGCGAUGAGAUUAUCGUAGACGAAAAGAAAUAAAGUAACAAAAAUGAAGCAUAUUUUUUCACCUCAUUUUU